AUGCAGAUAAUUCAGAUUAAGCUGAAUCAUUGUGAAACCGCACAACAACUGUUAUGGCAGUCUACAGCAGAAACGAUGUGCGAUGUCGCGAUAAUUGCAGAGCCGUAUCGAGUUCCCCCUGAUAACGGUAACUGGGUGACAGAUAGAACGGGUUUGGCUGCGAUACAAGUCAUGGGCAAAUUCCCUAUUCAAGAAGUGGUGGAGAGUUCAUGCGAAGGCUUCGUGAUUGCCAGAAUUAACGGCGUCUUCAUAUGCAGCUGCUAUGCACCUCCAAGGUGGACCGUGGAUCAGUUUAGCCAGAUAUUGGAUCUGUUAACCGAUAAGCUGAUCGGACGAAGGCCGGUAGUCAUAGGAGGUGACUUCAAUGCCUGGGCCGUGGAAUGGGGCAGUCGAGUGACCAACACAAGAGGAUAUAUCUUGCAGGAAGCUCUAGCGAAGCUAGAUGUACGAUUGUGUAAUGAAGGCUCGGUGAGCACGUUUCGGAGAGAUGGGAGGGAGUCUAUCAUCGACAUCACAUUCUGCAGUCCUUCGUUGAUGGCAAGUAUGGACUGGAGAGUUAGCGAGGAGUACACCCACAGCGACCACCAGGCGAUUCGCUACCGUAUUGGUCAACGAAAUCCUGGUGCAAUACGAAGAAGGAUAUCCAGUGUUCGGAGGUGGAAAACGAAAGCCUUUAGCAAAGACCUAUUCGUUGAAGCACUUCGACCGGACAGCAGUACCGAGAUCAUUGAUGCGGCCGAGCUAACAAGAAUGAUGGUAAGGGCUUGCGACGCUACGAUGCCACGAAAACUAGAACCGAGAAGCAAUCGGCGUCCAGCUUACUGGUGGAACGACAGGCUAACCACGCUACGAGCUGCUUGCCUCAAAGCUCGGAGGCGGGCACAGAGAGCAAGGACGGAAUCAGAGAGAAAGGAAUGCAGGGAGGCUAAGACCGCAUUGAAACGGGAUAUUCAACUUAACAAGUCAGACUGCUACAAGGAGCUGUGCCGAGAAGCAGACGCCAACCCCUGGAGGUCGCGUAUCGGGUCAUGA